GCUGGCCAGGCCUCCAGAGCCUGGAGGAGGAGCUCCCUGGGAGCCUGUGAUUCCAGGGAGACUGGUAACAUCUGGAGACUUAGGGGUGCUGUGCUGACCUGCUGAGGGAGGGUCCUCAGGGCCAAGAAGUAAGGUGGGGCCACACGCAGGCACCUCCCGGUGGUGGAUUAAAACAGGCCAGCAGAGCUCGGUGUGCACCUGGCAGCUCCUCUCACCUCUGUGGGAAGUGGGCGAGCCUCCUAGAAACUGGAUCGAGCAUGAAGGGCUUCGAGGAGGGUGUGGAGUUCCUGCCCGUCAACAGCACCAAGCAGGUGGAGAAGCGCGGCCGGCGGCGCUGGGUGCUGCUGGCUGCCCUGCUGCUCGGCCUCCUUCUGCUCGCGCUCGUGGUGGGCCUGCUGGUGUGGCACUUCCAGCGCCGGGAUGUGCAGGUGCAGAAGAUCUUUAAUGGCUACCUGCGGAUCACCAACGAGAACUUCUUGGAUGCCUAUGAGAACUCGAGCUCCCCUGAGUUUCUGAAUCUGGCCAGGAAGGUGACAGAAGCGCUGAAGCUGUUAUACAUGGAGGUGCCAGUCCUGGGCCCCUACUACCGGAAGUCGGCCGUGACUGCCUUCAGCGAGGGCAGUGUCAUUGCCUACUACUGGUCGGAGUUCAGCAUCCCCCAGCACCUGGAGGAGGAGGCAGAGCGGGCCAUGGCGAAAAAGCGGGUGAUCACGCUGCCGCCCCGGGGCCGGGCACUCAGCAACUUCAUGGUGACCUCGGUGGUGGCCUUCCCCACUGACGCCAGGGCAUUGCAGAGGACCCAGGACAACAGCUGCAGCUUCGCUCUGCAUGCCCGAGGCAAGGAGGUGACGCGCUUCACCACCCCUGGCUUCCCUGACAGCCCCUACCCGGCUCGUGCCCGCUGCCAGUGGACUCUGAGGGGCGAUGCGGGCUCCGUGCUGAGCCUCACCUUUCGCAGCUUUGACGUCGCCCCCUGUGAUGGCCAGAACAGUGACCUGGUCACGGUGUACAACAGUCUGAGCCCCGUGGAGCCCCACACUGUGGUCCGGCUGUGUGGCGCCUACCCUCCCUCCUACAACCUGACCUUCCUCUCCUCCCAGAAUGUGCUGCUCGUCACGCUGAUCACCAGCACGGAGCGGCGCCACCCCGGCUUUGACGCCUCCUUCUUCCAGCUGCCCAAGAUGAGCGGCUGUGGGGGCUCCCUGCGUGAAGCGCAGGGGACAUUCAGCACCCCCUACUACCCUGGUCGCUACCCGCCCAACAUCAACUGCACAUGGCACAUCCAGGUGCCCAACAACCAGAACGUGAAGUUGCGCUUCAAAUAUUUCUACCUGCAGGAGCCCAACGUGGUGCUGGGCACCUGCUCCAAGGACUACGUGGAGAUCAAUGGGGAGAGGUACUGCGGAGAGAGGCCCCAGUUUGUGGUUACCAGCAAGAGCAGCAAGAUCACCGUUCACUUCCACUCGGAUCACUCCUACACCGACACGGGCUUCCUUGCCGAGUACCUUUCCUAUGACUCCAAGGACCCCUGCCCGGGGAUGUUCACCUGUGGCACGGGCCGGUGCAUCCGGAGGGAACUGCGCUGCGACGGCUGGGCAGAUUGCACGGACCACAGCGAUGAGCGCAACUGCAGUUGCAACCCCAGCCACCAGUUCACGUGCAAGAACCAAUUGUGCAAACCCCUGUUCUGGGUAUGCGACGGUGUGAACGACUGCGGGGACAACAGUGAUGAGCUGGCAUGCAAGUGUCCUGAGGGCACCUUCAAGUGCACCAGCGGAAAGUGCCUCCCGGAGAAGCAGAAGUGUGAUGGGAAGGACGACUGUGGGGACGGCUCCGACGAGGCCUCGUGUGACACUGUGAGCAUUGUCACUUGUACCAGCCACACCUUCCGCUGCCAGAACGGGCUGUGCGUGAACAAGGGCAACCCUGAGUGUGACGGGGAGACAGACUGCAGCGACGGCUCAGAUGAGAAGAACUGCGACUGUGGGCUGCGGUCCUACAGCAAGCGAGCUCGAGUGGUCGGGGGCACUGACUCGGAGAGUGGCGAGUGGCCCUGGCAGGUCAGCCUGCACGCCCGGGGCCAGGGCCAUGUUUGUGGGGCCUCGCUCAUCUCCCCUACCUGGCUGGUCUCGGCGGCGCACUGCUUUGUGGAUGAAAACAGUUUCAAGUACUCGGACCCCACCAAGUGGACAGCCUUUCUGGGUCUGCUGGACCAGGGCCAGCUCACGGCCACCGGCGUGCAGGAGCACGAGCUCAAACGCAUCAUCUCGCACCCCUCCUUCAAUGACUUCACCUUUGACUACGACAUUGCCCUGCUGGAGCUGAAGAAGCCGGCAGAGUACAGCGCUGUGGUGCAGCCUAUCUGCCUGCCGGAUGCUACGCAUGUCUUCCCGCCCGGCAAGGCCAUCUGGGUUACAGGCUGGGGGCACACGGAAGAGGGAGGCACUGGGGCCCUGGUCCUGCAGAAAGGUGAGAUCCGGGUCAUCAACCAGACGACCUGCGAGGCCCUGCUGCCGCAGCAGCUCACCCCGAGGAUGAUGUGUGUGGGCUUCCUCAGCGGGGGUGUGGACGCCUGCCAGGGCGACUCUGGCGGCCCCCUGUCCAGCGUGGAGGCCAAUGGGCGGAUCUUCCAGGCAGGCGUGGUGAGCUGGGGUGAAGGCUGUGCACAGAAGAACAAGCCAGGCGUGUACACGAGACUCUCUAUGUUUCGGACCUGGAUCAAGGAUCAGACUGGGGUGUAGGGGCGGAUCCCUCACAUGACUGCGAUGUACACCCUGUGGGGCUACAAGACAGGCCAGAUGCCAUCUGAGGACAGGACCCCGGAUCAUUCCAGCUUUGGACCCUUCCUCCCCUGAACCCAGACUGCAUAGGACUCCUCGUCCAUCUGGAGAGCCCCAUGCCUCAGCCUCCAGCUGUGGCCCGAGCAGGGAAGGAAGAGCCAUAGCCCGUGCUCUGGGCCAAGGGCUCCAAGACUGGCUUCCCAGCUUUGGGCCAGCGCCAGCCGGGCUCGGGCUGUGUUCUGCCAUGGUGGCUGCAGGCUCCAGGAAAGCUGCUGGGGCCUCUUUCCAUGCAAGGGUUGGGGUGCAGGCUUAGAGCGAUGGGGUUCCCCUUCAGGAAACCCCAGCCUGCAGGACUCUGGAAAACAGAGGAGUCUAAAAAUCGAUGCUUCCCCAGCUCCUAAGGUGGCUUCAGUAUGUGCCUUGGUGUGUGUGAGUAAAACAUUGUAUUUCUUUUUAAUUACUCGAUUUUCUUCUGAAGUUGGCAAGUUCUCCUUCCUCAUAGAUCCCAUGUGCAAGAAACUUCUUUUUUUCCUCUGAUCAGAUUUUAUUGGUACAUUUUAGAUAUAUAUUUGGUCACACUUCUCAUAGAGAAUUUGUACCUGUGCAUAUACAACUUUUUUGCAAGGAACUAGUCUUAAGUUCUCCUCAGGUGGAGCAGACCGACUCUGCUCAGCACCCUCUGGAGGAAGCCUGAGGUUCCCCUGAGGGAACUAGUCUGUCAUCUACGCCUGUGGCUGUCACCGUGCGGUCCUGGGGCAGGAACUUGGAGUCCCCAGCGCACCCACAGGGGCGACUUCCCAUGCUGCACCAGGUGCCCCAGUGUGAGCAGCUUCGGGCAGGAGGGCAGCAGUGUACCCGAAGCUCCCCGGAGGCUUCCAGUGUGUGCUGGAGUUUGGGAAGCUCUGACUGUGGUCCUGCUGCUCCUGGACAGUGGUGCCCCUGCGUCCUCCCACAGGCGUCCAGACCAAAGCCUGCAGCAGCGCCUUUCAUGCUGCCAUCCCCGCCAGGAUUCAUGGCCUUGCUUGAACCCAGGGAAAUCAAUAAAGUGCCUUCCAGAAGACUGCA